AUGGGAAGACCUACAGUAUUGAUGCUGGUGUUAAAGCUGGAAAUCUGUAAUUCAGGACUACCGUAUUACUCCAACUACUUCGUCGCAUUUGCGUCUUCUCCCCGUCGUCCACACUCGGUUCCCUUCCGUCCCACACACGCACUCCCCUCCAUCAUCGAUCACGCUUCCUCGCUCACGAUCACGCUCCCUUCCCUCCCGACUCAUUCGCGCAAUCCCCAUUGUCGCGCACGCUCGCCUCCCUCCGUCGCGGAGUACAAAUUCCUUCCCGUCGCCCACGCGCACUUCCUGAGACCGAACACGUACACUCCCUUCCCUCGCCCACACGCACUCCGUUCCUGCCACCCACGCGCACUCCGUUCCCGCCACCCACGCGCACUCCGUUCCCGCCACCCACGCGCACUCCGCUCCCACCGCCCACGCGCACUCCUUCCAUUGCCCACGCGCAAGACCUUCCCGUCGCCCACGCUCAUUCCCUUCCCAUGCCCUUCGCGCAAUCGUUCCGUCGCCCACACUCAGUCACUUCCGUCGCCCGCGCUCACUCCCUUUCCAUCGCCUUCGCGCAAUCCUAUCGACGCACACGCUCAACCCCGCUCGUUGCACGCUGCCGCCCGCGCUUCCCUUUCAAUCUCCUUCCGCCGUCCACGCGCACUCCCUCCCGGCGCGCUCGACGACUCCCCUUCCGCCGCCCACGGUCACUUCCUCCCGCCGCGACGGUCCCAUCCAUCACACAUGCUCACUCCCAUCCGUCGCCCACGCCCACUCCCUCUCGUCGCCCACGCUCACUCCUCCCCGUCUCGCACGCUCUCUCCCAUCCGUCGCCCACGCUCACUGCCCAUACGUCGCACACUCACUCCCUUCCGUCGUCCAUGCUCACCCCCCUCCCGUCGCCUUCGCUCACUCUCUCCAGUCGCUAAAGCUCACUCCCCUUCCGCCGCCCACGCUCUCUCCCCUGUUGUCACACACACAACGACACACCCCAACCUCCACCCUUUCUCCGCAUCCCUCCACCCUUUCUCCGCAUCCCUCCACCCUUUCUCCGCAUCCCUCCACCCUUUCUCCGCAUCCCUCCACCCUUUCUCCGCAUCCCUCCACCCUUUCUCCGCAUCCCUCCACCCUUUCUCCGCAUCCCUCCACCCUUUCUCCGCAUCCCUCCACCCUUUCUCCGCAUCCCUCCACCCUUUCUCCGCAUCCCUCCACCCUUUCUCCGCAUCCCUCCACCCUUUCUCCGCAUCCCUCCACCCUUUCUCCGCAUCCCUCCACCCUUUCUCCGCAUCCCUCCACCCUUUCUCCGCAUCCCUCCACCCUUUCUCCGCAUCCCUCCACCCUUUCUCCGCAUCCCUCCACCCUUUCUCCGCAUCCCUCCACCCUUUCUCCGCAUCCCUCCACCCUUUCUCCGCAUCCCUCCACCCUUUCUCCGCAUCCCUCCACCCUUUCUCCGCAUCCCUCCACCCUUUCUCCGCAUCCCUCCACCCUUUCUCCGCAUCCCUCCACCCUUUCUCCGCAUCCCUCCACCCUUUCUCCGCAUCCCUCCACCCUUUCUCCGCAUCCCUCCACCCUUUCUCCGCAUCCCUCCACCCUUUCUCCGCAUCCCUCCACCCUUUCUCCCUUUCUCCGCAUCCCUCCACCCUUCUCCGCAUCCCUCCACCCUUUCUCCGCAUCCCCCUUUCCCCAUCCCUCCACCCUUUCUCCGCAUCCCUCCACCCUUUCUCCGCAUCCCUCCACCCUUUCUCCGCAUCCCUCCACCCUUUCUCCGCAUCCCUCCACCCUUUCUCCGCAUCCCUCCACCCUUUCUCCGCAUCCCCCACCUUUCUCCCUCCACCCUUUCUCCGCAUCCCUCCACCCUUUCUCCGCAUCCCUCCACCUUUCUCCGCAUCCUCCACCCUUUCUCCGCAUCCCUCCACCCUUUCUCCUUCUCAUCAUCCCACCCUUUCUCCCCUCAGGCUGGAGUGCAAGCGCCAUCACCCACACCACCGCAUCCCUCACCUCCGCAUCCCUCACACCGCAUCCCUCACCACCGCCGCAUCCCUCACCUCCGCAUCCCUCACCACCGCAUCCCUCACCUCCCCAUCCCUCACCUCCCAUCCCUCUCCUCCCCAUCCCUCUCCUCCCCAUCCCUCACCUCCCCAUCCUCACCUCCCCAUCCGCACCUCCCCAUCCCUCUCCUCCCCAUCCCUCUCCUCCCCAUCCCUCACCUCCCCAUCCCUCAUCUUCCCAUCCCUCUCUUCCCCAUCCCUCACCUCCCCAUCCCUCACCUCCCCAUCCCUCACCUCCCCAUCCCUCCCUCUCCCCCAUCCCUCACCUCCGCAUCCUUCUCCUCCCCAUCCUCUCCUCCCCAUCCCUCACCUCCCCAUCCCUCACCUCCCCACCCUCACCUCCCCAUCCCUCUCUUCCCAUCCCUCACCUCCCCAUCCCUCACCUCCCCCAUCCCUCACCUCCCCAUCCUUGAUGCUGUUGCUGUAA